UAUGUUGUGCGCAUGCGUUUCCCAUGGAUUAGUGCGUGGAAGUGCAUAUCCUAUUGGGCACGCCGCCUUUUUUUUGGAGCGCGUUCUCGGAUUUUUUUUUAAUUAUAGUUACGCGCAGGGCGCGCUCCCGAGGAUCGCUUCACCAUUCCAUCUCUCCGCAGUGUAGCGGGGCUCCAAAAGGAGGAGGAUGUGGUGAAAAAGAUGGCGGAGCUGCAGAUGCUGCUGGAGGAAGAGAUUCCGGGCGGCCGGCGGGCCCUGCUGGACAGCUACACAAACCUAGAGAGGGUGGCCGACUACUGCGAGAACAAUUACAUACAGUCUCCAGACAAGCAGAGAGCCCUAGAAGAAACCAAAGCCUAUACAACACAGUCUCUAGCUAGCGUGGCUUAUCUGAUCAACACCUUAGCCAACAAUGUCCUUCAGAUGUUGGAUAUACAGGCUUCACAGCUUAGACGAAUGGAGUCAUCCAUCAAUCAUAUUUCACAGACUGUGGACAUUCAUAAAGAAAAAGUAGCUAGAAGAGAAAUUGGAAUUUUGACGACCAACAAAAACACCUCUAGAACACACAAAAUAAUUGCUCCUGCCAACUUGGAGCGACCAGUCCGUUAUAUUCGUAAACCUAUUGAUUACACAAUUCUUGAUGACACUGGACAUGGAGUGAAGUGGUUGCUUAGAUUUAAGGUCAGCACGCAAAACAUGAAGAUGGGAGGGCUUCCACGUACUACGCCACCUACCCAAAAGCCACCAAGUCCGCCAAUGACUGGCAAAGGAACUCUUGGGCGACACUCACCCUAUCGCACACUGGAGCCUGUGCGUCCCCCUGUGGUACCAAAUGACUAUGUACCAAGCCCCACACGUAACAUGGCUCCCCCUCAGCAACAGAGCCCUGUUAGAACAGCUUCAGUCAACCAGAGGAACCGCACAUACAGUAGCAGUGGCAGUAGUGGAGGCAGUCAUCCCAGUAGCAGGAGCAGCAGCCGUGAAAAUAGUGGAAGUGGAAGUGUGGGCGUACCGAUUGCUGUGCCCACCCCUUCUCCUCCAAGUGUUUUUCCAGCCCCUGCUGGCUCAGCUGGCACUCCUCCCAUCCCUGUUACCCCCACUUCUGCCUCUGUCUCACAUGCCCCUGCUGCUACUGUCCCUCCCUCCUCAACCACCCCAGAUGCUGCUGUAGGAGCACAACCCCCUGCUGAUGGUUUCACCUCUCCAACUCCCCCUGCUGUUUCCUCUGCUCCUCCUUCAGGGCAUCCUGCACAGUUUUACAGUAUGAACAGACCAGUAUCUCGGCACAAUCCACCAACAAUUGGAGGCUCUCUGCCCUAUCGGCGCCCUCCGUCGAUGACCACCCAGCCCAGCCUUCAGAACCAGAUAAAUGGAGGGCCUUUCUACAGCCAAAACCCAGUGUCACAUGCUCCUCCUCCUCCCUCCAUUCUACAAGUAACGCCACAGCUUCCUUUGAUGGGAUUUGUGGCAAGAGUUCAAGAAAACAUAACAGAAACCCCACCUCCACCACCCCCUGCAGAAGAGCCUGUCUUUGACGAAUCACCUCCUCCUCCUCCCCCUCCAGAAGACUAUGAAGAAGAAGAAGCUGCUGUAGUAGAAUACAGUGAUCCAUAUGCUGAAGAAGACCCUCCUUGGGCUCCAAGGACUUAUUUAGAGAAAGUUGUUGCAAUCUACGACUACUCAAAAGACAAAGAGGAUGAGCUAUCCUUUCAGGAAGGAGCCAUUAUAUACGUCAUUAAGAAGAAUGAUGAUGGGUGGUACGAGGGUGUCAUGAAUGGAGUGACAGGGCUUUUUCCAGGCAACUAUGUGGAAUCUAUCAUGCACUAUUCUGAAUGAUGGCGACACAUGGCCAAAUAAAACUUUCCAACUGUUGUGACUUCCCACAUUUACAUGGGCCCUUUGUGGGCCAAACAAGUGAAUGAAUGAAGAGCAAGAUCUUUGUGAUCAAACCACUUUUUCUUUUGUUUUAUGAUUACCAAUUAGUGGUGCAAGUUAUUUGAACAAAGUGUUCUUUCAUCGCAGCAGCUCUGGUUUAUUGAAAAAAAAAUUUUGUUGAGAAAAAAAAAAAAUCCUGGCAUUGCUUACCCCUUGUUUUGUCUUUUCUACCCCCCCCCCCCCCCCCAAAAGUCCCAGUCCCAGGACUGCGGGAUGUAAUUACGGGUAAUGUAACCCUGUUAUUUCCAAGUAUUUGAUAUGCGUUUCUUGCUGUACCGUGUAUGCAGCUGAAGUAGUUAUUUCCAGAUCUUGAGUCUUUUAUGCGAUCACACUUGAUGAGGAAUACGAAAUUGAUCUUCUUUUAAUAAUGUGAGGAACAUAAGGCAGAUUUUUCAGUACAAAUGUAUUUCCAGCAUAAGCACAAUAAAGUGUAAUAAGUGCAUUACCCACCAAAGAGUAUAGAAUCUACACAUCCUAUCGCAGCCAGUGGUGCACUAAUCAUUUCUGUGUGUCGGUGGCACAUAAUGUUGAUAAAUUUCUCCCUGCUUCCCUUAAAUUGUGGGGAAUCUGAUGUUGCUGCUGUGAUUCUUUCCACACAAAAUGGAUUCGGACGAGUGUGGCGUGUUUAGCAAUGGCAAUCUAAACAAGCUUCAGAUCCACUCUUUUAGGAAUAAAAUAUGGGCAUGAUUACAGUAAAGCUGUAUAGUUAAUGCAGUGUAUAUGGUUUUGGUAUUAAGAGAACCUUGUGUAUUAUUUCUUACCCAUUAUUGAAACUGGAACCUUAAUCUUUUGAGAGAAGAGUGUUUGUCUGAGCAGUAGGUUGCACAAACCUGUAUAGAGUGACACUACAGCAAUUGCAGCCUUCUCUGCCGUAAAGGUUGAUUCAAUUUUACCAGAUUUCUGGUGUUUGGAAAAUAAAAAGUAAGAAUAAACUACACUCUAAAAAGUUUUUGUUCA